AUGUCGAGCGGUUGUGGGCGCUGGCACCGGUACAAGCUCGCGACCACCGCGGUCGUCGCCUGGCUCCAGCGCACGAAGAAGGUCGCCAAGAAGGCCAACAAGAAGAAGAAGAAGACGGCAGCGGCUGCGGCAGAUGAGGUCGAGUGGACGACGGCGCAGAUCUGGGCCGCCGCACAGGACGUUGCGGCGAGCGCUACGCCUGUCCCGGUCGCCAUCAUGCGCCAGCUCAAGGCAAGUAUCAAGCUGCGCUGGCAAGCGUGUAAGGCCUUCCCGCCGGACCAAGGCCACACGUACUUCCUGGACCUCCUGCGCGCAGUCAACGCAACGCUAGCGCCGCUUGUGCAGGAGACUGCGCCGCCGCCGCCGCCCAAGCACGAAGGGCAACUGCACAACACGUUCGAAGCGCUCGCGAUCGACGACGAAAACGAUGAGGACGAAGUGCCGGACGAGAUGCUUCCGCCUUUUGAUGCCAAGGCCUUUGCUCCCCGCGAGGCCAGCCCCGACGAAAUUGCGGUCGCUGCGAUCGAGGCGAGCCAGUUCCGCGCCAUCUGCUUUCUUAUGGAUCUUGACGAGCUCCUUCGUGACGUGGACCAAGCAUGGGCGAAUCUAAAGGCGGGCACGUCAAGCUUGGUGGCGGCGACAGCCGUCACGAACGCCUGCGUCAAGCUCGUGAGCACGUGGUCGGCGACGCUGCACCUCGAGCUGCCGUACCUCGAGACGCUGGCCGAGAUCUUUGCGCUCGUCGAGCGAGGUCCGUUUUUGCGCGAGAUGAUGGUGUCGCAUGGCGCGUCACUCGCGACUGCCGUGCGCCUCGUCACGCUGGCCUGUCAGUCGCCCAAGCCAGCCACGAGCACGGCUACGAUCUCACAGACCCUUCGCGUGCCACGCGAAUCGGCGGCAACGCUCGAGCAAGCCAUCGUGGCUGCGCACGAAGCCUCGAUCGCGACACCCGACGAACGGCUUCCAUACAUUAAGAACCUCAAGAUGCUGCAGCGCGCGCUGCCUCGGCUCGCGGGGCUUCUUGAAAUCGUCAAAGGUCCGCGGUUUACCAUGCCAAGUAACAUGCGCACUGUGCCCUGGAACGAAGCGGCGGGCAAACUCUCGUCCAUGAAGGAACUCGUGAACCCGCUCUUCUCGGAAAUGCUGCCGCCCGUGCUCUUUGUUACCAAGGACAAGUGCCCCGAGAUCGUGAGCGCCCACAAAGACUACAUGCCGUGGCCCAACCUCGUCUUCGAAUUUCAACAGACGAAGCGCGCAAGCAUCCCAUUUGUCUUUGCAACGGUCUGUCUCCUCGAGUCGAUCAUGGCCUCGCAAGGCCCCGAGAGGGACAAUGUCACAUGCGCCAAGCUCGCGGCCUCGACGAAAGCGAGCCUCAAGCGCGUGACGGAGCACGUACUCGCGUGUCGGAAGAACGCCACGGGCCUCAUCCAGCCACCGCGGACGCUCAAGCUACUGCCAGAACACGUCCAGGGGAUGCUGGGCAUCAUGCAGAUUGUCAACAAGUGCCCGUACUUUACGCCGCUGGAGCUCGACCAAGGUUGGCUCAACCCUUGGAUGGCUGGCCAGUGGAUGCUCACGAUGAGCUUGAGCUUCAGCCUCUCGUACGGAGUCGGCGUCAUGGACGACGUGCAGCAAGGCCGGUUCGUGUUCCACCUCUACAACGCACUGCGCCUGCACGAGCGUAUUGCGCCGAUCCCGGUGCUGGACACGCUGGCCGCGCUACUAGAGAAAGGCCCGAGCAUCUGGUACGGCGGGCGCCCGACAGAGAGCUUCCUCGUCUCGCGCAUGCUAUCUAUGGGCUACAACCUCCAGCAUGCGACAUACUUUAUGAACGCGAGCGACCCGGACGCGCGUGAGGCCAACGCCAAGCGCCUCGAGGCCUGGGACCGCCGAAGCAAGUUUGCCAAGGAGCACGGACGCGGCGUCAAGCACAGCCGCGAGGGCGACUACACGUACCCGUUCCACCUCAGCCGCACCUUUCGGCUCCUGACCGACAUGGAGUCGCCCAAGAUGCGCAAGUGCGGCCGACUCCCCGACAUGGACGAUCUCGCCGCCGUCGCCAACGAAGAGUGGAAUGCGUUUUUGAACGUCGACUUUAUCGCGCUCGGAACGCUUUUCCGCGAAGCGUGGGUGCACUGCGCCGAGUAUUGCGACUGGGCCAGCGGCAACCCGCCAAUGCCCGAGCUCGUCCCCACGCACGCGAUAUGGGGCAAGACCUUUGCGAGCCGUGACUGGCACAAAAUGCAGGCAUCGCUCGACAUUCUCUUCCACAUUUGCGACGGCGAGCUCAACGACAUGCGACUCUUUGAGGCGGCGUGUGAGCUCACACUGCUCGGCCAGCGCCUUGGCGAAGCCUACAUCGAGUUGCCCGCGCGCGCCAGCUAA